AUGGAGGAGACCGUGGACUAUCGCAUUCCCAUGCUAGGACCACCACCUCCAGAAUAUAUGACUGAAGUGUUUGUACCACAGAAUGACAGAAGUUUUGUCGCUGUGUGGGACUCUGGUGCAAAACCCAAUCUGGUCAAACUAUCACUUUAUCGGGCACAUGAGGACGUGAAGAAGAAGGACUCUACGAGACAAAGAGACGUACCUUCUCCGCUAGUUCCCCAUAACGUGACAGUAAUUGUGAUCUGCUUAUUGGACGGCCUUUAUGAGGACUCACAAGCUGGAUCUAAGUUUUCAUGUUGCCGACAAAGGGACACAGUUGUAAUAGUCUCUACUGGGGUUUACACCCUUCCUGCUGGGAAGGCAUCCAUCAUUUUAGGGAGCCUUAAGCAGAAGGACGAGAGACUCAAAAACGGAACCUCGAUUUUAAUCAGUGGGUUACCGUUGGGAGAGAACUGUAUCGUUAUCCCUGUGGUAGCCAAGGCAGAAGAUGUUGUGAAAGUCUUGGUCUGCAACUUCGGUCGCACACCGUUCUUGGUUCAUAGCAAGAGAACCAUUGCCAAUGCUGUGUCUAUCCAAGAUGAUGAAGAGGAGCAGCUGGGACGUUUACCGACCGACCACUGGGAAAAACAACGAGUUCUCACAAGGAUGAGCAUCAAUGCCGUGGUCACUGAGGUGAAACCGGAUGAUGUAGAGGAAGAGGAUCCCCUGGAUCAAGCUCUUCAAAUUGAUCCAUGUUGUGUGGUGAAAAACGGGCCAGUGUAUGAUGAGAAGCGCUUCCAGAAACUUCUGAAAGCACUGGACGCUGAUCGCUGGAUCCUGAAGGAAGACCAACGCAAAGCAGCAGAGUCCAUGAUAUGGGAAUUCCAAGAGGCAUUCAACCUUAAAGAGGAACCUUUAGGAAGAACCAAUCUUGUUGAGCACAAGAUAGAGACAGGCGACAGUGAUCGAGUAUAUGUUCCACCUAGGUUCAUCCCAUAUGCUCUACGACCUGCUGUGGAAGCAGAGGUCCAGGCUCUGAAGGAGCAAGGCCAUAUUCGAGUCAGUUCUUCUGAAUGGAAUGCACCAAUUGUUCUAGUGAAGAGAAAGGACAAAUCGCAUCCUCGGCUCUGUGUAGAUUACCGGGCUUUGAACAGCCAAACCAAGCUUGAGUUCUACCCUUUGCCACUGAUAGAAGACAUCCUGUACCAAGUCAGUCAGAGCAAAUGGUUUUCGACGCUUGACUUGCGUAGCGGGUACCAUCAAGUACCACUGGAUGACGACUCAAUACCGAAGUCAGCCUUCACCACCAUGAAGGACAUUUCGAGUACACAGUGA